CUGGUCAGGCACUCACAUAAGUGCACAGACAUGGCGCCAGGUGGCGUCGCAGGUCGCUGGCCGACAGGUGACACCCUCUGUGGACUCAUCGACGCUGCUGACGGCGCUCGAGUACUUCGUGCUCAAAAUGACCGACGACGCUUCAGUGAUGGCCGCAUGGCUCGUUACUGCGCAAGCUCGCCCCUGUCAGCGUGACACCUCUACUCGAUGAGGUCGAGGUACAAGACACACGCUCCCGGCACUGCAUGAACAUGGUUAACCGCGAAAUGCCUCUAGCUGUCGUAUCUGCGUAUGCCCGCGCUUCGGACACAGCGGCGAACGCCAGCACAUCUGCGGCAGCGGACGUGGUAAUCCACGACGUGGCAUUCAAGAUGGCCGAGCUGUUGGAGGCAUCGGGCCGGUUCCAAGUGGCAGAAAGCCUGCGAACCAUCCAGACCAUCUUUAUGCUGCCUAUGGAAGACGAGAUCGUUGACGCGCUGUACGAGUCGGUUCCGGUGGCCAACGCCCGGCACACUUUGUUUGGCUCUGUGGCGCAGACGACGAGCGCUCUGACCGAGCGUCGCUUGGCAGCGCUUGGCUCCAGGCUCGACCACCUGUCGCUGCCCCUGUUCGCGGAUCCGCUGGACACCAGGCUGCGCUACCUGGAGUCGCUACACGCGCUGCUGGUGCCUAUGACGGUGCUGCAGCCGCCCAUGUUCCGGCAGACGCUCACCCACUCCGUCAACUACGGGUCCUUCGGCCGACUCGUUGCCGAGGUUUUGAUUGAGACGUUCGUGCGGAAUCCGUCCAUGACGAAGACCUGUAACGAAGCUGCCGACAACUUCACAGCUGCUGUGAUUCUACACGCCGCUGUCGAAAGGCCCGUGGGGCGUGCAUUUCAGGUGAGCAACGUUAUCAAAAUAAGCAAUUCGCAGUGUUCAAGACUAGAAACUUGCCGAGCACAGUACUUCGGACACUGUCGUUUCUUUGGUGCGUUUGGUGCGUAA